UCACACAGUGUGUGUGUGUGUUUGUGUGUGUGUGAGUGUGUGUGGAGUUGCUCGUGUUUCUGGGCUGCAGGUGAGCUUUAUUUGACUGGAACCAGGAAGAAUGUGUUGAGUUCAGCUCCGGCCUGGAAACGAGCGGACUGUUUGAAGCGUUUCCCUCCGACUCGAGCGCCGUGAUUCUCCUGAUCCGCCCGCUGGAGACUCAUGACCCCGCGGCCCCGGACGCGCCGGUGACAUGGAGGAGUGGUGGACGACCGAGACGUCUAUUGAACGCUACGAUAUCUCCAGCAUCUCCAGUGUGAGCAUGUCUCCGUCCAGACCGAACAACCUGGCGCCGGUGAGCUCGCUGCCCCUCUCCAGGAGCUCCUACAGCCUCGUCAGCACCUUCUGCACAGAGGACAAUGUGUCCAACUGCAUCUCCUACAUCAACCAGGAGCUGUCCUCGCUGGGCCUGUCCUCCUCCUGCAUGGAGCCCCCCCCGCCCGGCCGGGCCGGCCUCAACCCGGUGCCGGCUCUCAACGCCGUGUACGAGCUGCUGCGCAUCCACAGGCGCAGCAUGGCCAGCCUGGAGGAGCUGGAGAAGGAACAGCUGAGGAAGAGCAGCGCGCUGGAGCACAUGCAGUCCAGCAACGCCAGACUCAAGGAUCAGCUGGAGUUGUCUCUGAGGGAGAAGUCGGGUCUUCACGAGCUGGAGCGCCAGCUGCAGCUGAAGAUCAAGACCCUGCAGGGCUGCUUGAAAACCGAGAAAGACGAGGUCCAGAAGCUCCAGAGCAUCAUCGCUCGCCGCGCCUCGCAGUACAGCCACGACGCCAAGAGGAAGGAGCGAGAAGCCGCCAAGCUGAAGGACCGCCUCAGCCAGCUGUUGGUGGACAGAGGGGACAAGAAGCUCGCCAUCGAAAUGCUGAACUGUCUGAGCCGGCCGGACGGCAGGAGGGGCCACUGGAAGACCGCGAAAACCACCGUGAGUCACGAAUGCGAGAUGUUCAAGUCCCUGCUGAGUGACUACGAGGCCAGCCAGAGGGCUCUGAUGCUGGAGAACGCCGAGCUGAAGAAGGUCCUGCAGCAGAUGAAGAAGGAGAUGAUCCACAUCCUGAGUCCCCGGCAGCCGGCGGCCAGAGGAGCGUCCGCUGACGACAGCCUGGAGCAGAGAGAGUCGGACGGGGAGGAUCCGCCGGCGGACGGCAGCAGGGACUCUCUGGACCAGUCGUGCGAGCACGCCAGGGAGCAGCUCACCAACAGCAUCCGGCAGCAGUGGAGGAGGCUGAGGAAACACGUGGAGAAGCUGGACAGCCAAGUGUUCCAGGUGCAGAGUCAGAUCCAGUCCAGUGCAGAGGUGAUUCCUCUGGAAACACACGAGGACAAGAUGGAGAAGAUGAAGCAGGAGGUGCAGCAGUGCAGGGAGUUCAUCCACGCCCAGCAGCUGCUGCUGCAGCAACAGAUGAACACGUCGUUCGACGACGAGACGGCGUCCUUCCUUCACGACUGCUACACCCUGGAGGAGAAGGAGCGUCUGAAAGAGGAGUGGAGGCUGUUCGAGGAGCAGAAGAGGAACUUUGAGAGGGAGAGGAAGAACUUCACCGAGGCCGCCAUCCGCCUGGGCCGGGAGAAAAAGGCCUUCGAGGAGGAUCGUGCUUCCUGGCUGAAGAACCAGUUUCUGAACAUGACUCCGUUCACAGACCGCCGGCGGUGCUCCCUGUCCGACGCUCAGAGUGCCUUAUCCAUCAGAAGCGAGCCGGAGAUCAGGAUGUCUCCGGGGAAAGCCUCACGGGCCAAAUCCUCCAAACACACUCCUUCACAAAGCGCCGCCGUGCCAUCUCCUGCUGACAGCUACCGAACCCUCCGCCUCACUCCAGACAGCAGUUCCUCCAGACAGUCGAACCGAGGCCGCUGGCAGGUUUCCAGCAACACCGACGACGGGGACAGUCUGGUCAAAUCGAAAAGCAGAGUUCAACACAGCGAUCUGAGUAUUUUCUCUCUGGACGAAGAUGAGAACAGCCUCUAGUGAAAAUCCCAACAUUUCAGUUUCCUUCACGUUGGACUUUAACAAAGCUGGUCGAACAAGAAAGCACUUUAUCGGAUUUCUUUUAGCUUAGUUUUUAUUACUGACAACAGAUUGUAGUCUAUUAUCUGACUUGUUGUAAUCACAACACAUACAUUAUCCUGAAAGUAGCUUUACUGUUUACAUUGAACUUUGAGGUGUUUAUUGACUGUAGACCUUUGUGUUGCUCUUCUGGCAUACCAAUUCAAUAAAGAUGUUUUUAUUUAAUAUGC